UCAGGGGGCGCAGAGGGUGAUAAACGCGGGCCUCGGUGCCUUCUCGCUUUGGUUUCACCCCAUCGUAAGCCACAAGUUGCAGAGCGGGGUCGUUUUUCCCUCUCAAGGAGGAUUUUCCUUCAUAUUUCGGGAUGGGAGUUGUGGCAGCGUUGCAGAGUAACCUGCUGCCCCACCAGCCUGGCACCUGCUUCCCCAGUCCCUUUAUUGACCUAAAACCUGUGUUAAUGUGAAGGUUGGAGGAGGUGAAGCUUUGUUUGGGUUUGCCUGGCCGUCCCCUUCCCACUGGCUGUGAAUUUAGAGAGGGUUUGGAGCCUGCCACCGCUUGGCUCUUUUUGGUUGGAUUCUUACACUUCACUCACGCUAACUGCAGGGUUUUUUUCUGGAUGCGGUGUGCUUUUUGCGACGUGUUUUCCUGCGUGGUUUGGUGGAUUUAGCGUGUUGGAAAACACGCUGGUUUUUAAGUGCCUCUGUUUUGGGAGGAGGGCGUGUGUUAAGGAACAGGAGAGGCGCCUGUGGGUGUUAGAAAACAGCUGCGGGAAGGGAGAGCAAGUAAUAAGGGUACCAGCGGGUCGGUGGAGUCACACCAACAACCUGUGGGGGAGCCUGCUUAAAAAUAAUCCUAGGGCUGGGCAUCCAGAAUGCCAGGGCUGGGUCCUGGCUAACUCUGAGCAUCUUCACCUCCAUCCCACCAGGGCUGUGAAUGUUGAACACGAAUUAAAAUCAUCAUUUAGGAGCUCUGAAGGCUGGGCUGGAAGGGAGCUGCCGUGGAGGGGGACGGGACGGGACUGUCCUUGGUGUUGGAUUUCAGCAGGAACUCUUUGGCCCCGGUGAUUGCUUCAGGCAGGAGGAUUUCAGCUCCUGAUAGCGCCGUGGGAUGAGUCAGGAGCUGCAGUAAUCUCUUUUUGCUUGACCUGCAGCUGUAGCUCGUGCGUUGGCUCAGGCAGGCCCAACCGAGAACGCGCGGUUUUGGGUCUGUUUACCCAAACGAACCUUUGUUUGGAGAGGUCACCGAAAAUGCAAGGCGGGCACCGCUGUGGCCUUGGGUGCGUGGUUACCUGAUGAAGCAGAUGGGCUUGGUACAGGUCAGGCAGGUUUGCUGUCAGAAAAAAAGCUCAGGAACCCGAAAGGACUUUUUUGAGUGACUUUGCUGUUCGUUGGAUGAAGAUGCAUUUAGGUUUACACCUUCUUUACGUGAAACUGAUGCCAGUGCUUCCCACUGCAGUGUUUCCCAUUUUCCAAAUGCUGUAUAAAUCUUCCUGGUGACCCUCUUAUGAGGGGAGAUCACUUGUUGGCAUUUCAGUUUGCCUUUCCUUAACCACUUACUCCAGGUCACAAGAAAAAACGAGUGCUGGAGGCCUGCUCUGCUCUCCAGUUGCGCUUUAAAUCUGCUCCUCCUUGCUGUUGAGCAGUUAAUGAUGGUGUGUCCGUGUCGUGGGAGGGUUAGUGCCGCUGGGCUAACAACCUCGAUCGAAGCAGAGGGAUGCUGAGCUCUGCCCCAACUGCUUGUGUGCAAGAGGUGACUGCAACAGCGGGGUGGGACUCGUGGCCUGGCCUGACUCCAACAGUCGGUGUGGAAAGCGUUGAGGUUGGCAAAUGUCACCUGCUUGGGACGCCUGCGGCUUCUUAAUGAUGGAAGAUGUUGGCUCGUUCUGUUUUCCACGUGCGUUUUAAACCGUGAUGAUUUUAGAGCUGAGACUGUAAUUAUCAGUUACUGUUUUGAAAUGGCUCCUGGCGAAGAUUGCUCGUGUUAUUGCUUGUGUUUCAGAUAAUCUCAGUUUGAGGUCAGAAAUUUCGACUCUGCUGGGAUCUGGCACUUCGGGACCUGGUGUGCCUGUUUUAUUUGUUUGUUCGCUGCCUUCUGUUUCUAAAGGGAGGCGAUCCCUGCCUGACAAAAGGAGUGGAUUCAGCAGAAGGCCUCAGCCAUUCAGUCCCCUGCAGACAAAGCGGUUGUCUGCCUUGCAGAUAAGAGCUGGGCUUCGUUUUUUUGGCUGUGGAAAGCGUUGUCGAGGUGUUCCCAGCAACAGUUGUCUCUCUCAAACCGAAGACUGUUUUGUCUUGCCAAGAUUUCCUCUGUUCGUGGCUCAUGCAUUCGUUCCAAGCUUAGUUCAAGACGUGAAUCUCCCAGACUCCUGUGAAUAGCCUGAGCUGUCCUCGCUAGCAGAGGUUUAGAUAUUGCUUCUCAGUGCUCAGCGACUGCCUGAAGUCAGGUAAUCUAAAACCAUGCAAAGAAUUUGUAUCUUCAUCCUGAUUUACUGGCAGCUUUGAGUCCUCCCUGGCUGAGGGAGGGAGGAGGAGCGUUCGUUUUGUACUUUGGAGCUGAGGAAGCAUGUGAAAAAUUAAACACUUCCAGAUACUAUCCUUUGGUGAGUCUUUUAAUUAGAUUGUCAAUGAUUCUUUAAAGUCAUGCUGACAGUUUCUGUACAGGCCUUUAAAGGAAAAAUGCAACGCACUACUCAGAGCUAAUGUUUUGGGAUCAGAUUUAUAUGCAACUGCAAGAUGAAUGUGACUGAAGAGAGCUGAGUCUGCAGGGCAUAUCUGGUUUUGAUUUUUAAUGGCUUAAUCAAACUGGAAGGCAAAGAUGGACCUCAGGGGGCCGUCUAGUUAUAGUUGAUCCCCCUCUUCUGAGUGUUUCAGCCCUUUUUUCUGUGAUUUUCUGAGAUGCUUUUGCUCCAAGGGUGAAUUUAAGGCUGCAGUAAUCUCCGCUCUUACCACGUCUCUUUCUCUGUCAGGCUCAAUUGCUCAGUUUAACAAUUGAAGGCAACCUAAUUGAGUGACUUCCCUGGGUACUGUUUAACUUCAGCCUGCCUGGGAAAAACGUGUGAAGAUUUCUGCGGGAACUCUCUCGGUUUUCUUUUUUUUCCCCGAUUUAAUUAUAUGCUUUUAUCAAGUGGUGUUAACAACGCAAUAAAAGAGGAAAACUAAGGAACUGGAUAGCUCUGGAGUAACGUGAGAAGCUGAUGUGUCUGAGCGGAGUCAUCCCAGCGACUUUACCUGUGUGGAGUCGAUCAGAGUGCGGCCCCAGAGGAGCCGUAGGUCUUCUGCCCGCUUGUAAGUGCAACUGGUAUGGGUAAUGGUGUGAGAGAAGGUCAAGUGGAUUUCAAACGGCAGGAUGUGGAGCCAGCUACAUCAACUCAUCUUCCUUCAGAGGGCGUCCAGGAGCAAAAGAAGGUUCUCAACUCCCUGAUGUCUGGUGCAUUGGCUGGUGCUGUUGCUAAAACUGCAGUAGCUCCACUGGAUAGGACAAAAAUCAUGUUUCAAGUGUCUUCAAAAAGAUUUUCUGCCAAGGAAGCCUACAGGCUGAUUUAUCGCACCUACCUCAACGAAGGCUUCUGGAGUCUCUGGCGGGGGAACUCAGCCACCAUGGUCCGUGUGAUCCCUUAUGCUGCCAUUCAGUUCUGUGCGCACGAAGAGUACAAGCAGCUCCUGGGGAGUUACUACGGCUUCCAGGGAAAAGCGCUGACACCCUUUCCUCGAUUCAUUGCUGGCUCUCUGGCAGGCACAACGGCUGCCAUGUUAACCUACCCCUUGGAUAUGGUCCGUGCUCGAAUGGCUGUCACGCCGAAGGAGAUGUACAGCAAUAUUGUUCAUGUCUUCAUCCGAAUAUCCCGAGAGGAAGGAUUGAAGACAUUGUAUAGAGGAUUUACACCAACCAUCCUUGGAGUGAUUCCAUAUGCCGGGCUUAGCUUCUUCACCUAUGAGACGCUGAAGAAACUACAUGCAGAUCACAGCGGGAAAUCGCAGCCAUCCCCUCCGGAGCGCCUUCUGUUUGGUGCCUGUGCAGGCUUGAUCGGCCAGUCGGCUUCCUACCCCCUGGAUGUGGUUCGCCGACGGAUGCAGACGGCGGGGGUUAUGGGACACACGUACAGUUCCAUCCUUCUCACCAUGCAGGAGAUUAUACGAGAAGAGGGACUAAUCCGGGGCUUGUACAAAGGACUCAGCAUGAAUUGGGUCAAAGGUCCAAUUGCAGUGGGAAUAAGCUUCACGACCUUUGACCUGACGCAGAUCCUUCUCCGUAAAUUACAGCACAGCACUAAUGUUGAAAGGUAGUAGCUUAAUCCCCACAGCCCUGGCUGGAGAAAAGUACAACACGUGUAGAAAGAGCAAUGCUAGUGUUCCCUCACUUUGUACGUGCUCUCCUGCAGCUGAGAACUUUAUCUUUCUUGUUUGUUUGUUCACUUUGUGGUGGUGAUGGGCUUUUUUUUUCCCCUUUUUUUUUCUGUUUAACGAGCCUCUGUGUUUGGAAACCUCAACCUGAAACUAACCCUUUCCUGAAAGAAAUUCUUCUUACUGUUCUGCGGACCUGUGUCCUCUAGAGUAGCUGCCUCAUCCUUUUUGUCUUAUUCUUUGAUACCAGGAGUGGAGCCUCUCAAACAAACAUGUGCUGCUGCUGGCUCCUCACCUGGUCUCUGUGGGCAGGUGAAGUGGUGGAGGACUCGGUGCUGUUGGAGUGAACUCCUGGAUUUGGGAAGUGACUGCUACUCCUGGUAGGCAGCUCUUACUGCACAUGUGUGAGCUGGAGGCAGUCUGCCAAGUGCAAUAUUCCAGUUAAUCUGUAGGGAAUUCCAGAUUCCUCUGACCUGUAAGCACUGGUCUCUGUAAAACAGGCCGCAGCAGGAUUUAACAGGUCCGGGUCACUUCUUUUGUUCUGGAAGUUGAAUGUGAGCUGUGGCUGGAAAUGCUGCCCUUUUUCUAAUGUUCUUUUCAUUUCUGGGUUGAGUUGCAUAAAAUAUCCCUUGCUUGCAGUGUCCCUCUGAGAUUACCAAAGACUGUAGACAGCAGGGGAGGAAAGCUCUGAGCAGUUUUGUAAAUCAAAUUCUUAUGUUUGUUGUCAGUGUCGUUGACUAGGGGCUGUGCCUGGAUUCACAAACUGGAUUGAAGCGAACUGCAGUAGUGCUUUCGGGCCAUCUGAACCCUUCCAUUGUUGUCGUGGUCUUAAAGGCAGCAUUUUCUGAGGGAUUUGGCAGGCUGUGCCAUAGACGAGAAAAAGAACUGUUACGUUCUUAAAUUCCAAGCAGUUAUAUCUUUCAGUAUUAUUGUCGCUGCUUUAUGCGUUUUGCAAGAACAAACAUCUCAAAGAUGCACGUGUGGUGCAGGUUUAGCUACCCUGACAGGCUGUUUCUGUCUGGUGAAGGCAGCCUAGUAGUCACCUCGAGCUGCUGGCCCUGCUUGUGAACAACAUUCUUGUCAUUUGCCUGCUGUGUAGGUUGCAUCACCUCUGUUCGUUAGUCCAUACCUGAGCCCACUUGGUUUUGUUCCUGGAGUUCUUCUGGACCAACUGUGUCCUCAAGAGAAUGGGCUCCCCAAUCAGUAUUGACCCCUCCAAAAUGAAAUAGAGUGCCAAUCGUUUCCAGUUGCAAUCGGAAAAUGAAUGGUGAAGUACCUUUCAUUGUUUCUAUUUCAAGUCAGGCUUCAGAGAAAUGGAGAUUUGAGGGUGGUUUUGUUUUAUGUUCCAUUCCUGUAUUAAAUUUGGAGUGCAAGAGAGGUCACAACGAGCUUUAGACUUCUCUGCGAAUCCGAUUCCACGAGCCAAGAUUAAAAAUCCCUUUCCAGCUGAUAUAGUUCAUGUAGAGGGGAGAUAACAUACAAAAGAAAAAUAAGGCAUAAUUUAAAAGCUGUUCUUCUCUGGUGUAUAUAUUUUAGCCAUUGUAGUUCGAGCCUUGUGUCACGGCUUUAUUAAUGGGAAUGGAGGUAAUUGCACAAUUGGUAGAAAUAGCUUUCGCCUUUCUUUUGUCUUUGCACUUGUUCUUUGGAGCAUAACUUGCUUCUAAUGCCAAAUAUUUCCCUAGGAAUCGAGCACCUGUGCUUCCAUUUUGUGGUCACUGGUGGAGAGUCAGCAUUCUGAAGUAUUAGCACGCGUGUUGAUCCCAAAACACGGGGUCGAUCGUACUUUAAUGGUUGUGGAUGGGCGGGGUAUUAACCUCAGUAAUUUCUGCCUCUAAGCCCACAGAUGAUGAUGAUUUCCCUUGUGAAACUUGACUGCAGUCACUGAUUUACCUUGUAAUUAAUGUUAGGUGUUGUCCUAAGAGGCUUCAGAGAUGGUAGCCAUGAAAUCUGUGUAUUUUUUUGCCCCCGUUGUCAGUGGAAGAUUACCAGCUGUUCUCUUCGUUUGGGUGAAAGGUUUAGUCCUUUGCAAGAGCUCUGAUUUCUUUUCUCCAAUGGAGAAGCCAAUUACUUCUGCUCUUGUCUUUCUCUUGUUUGGCCCAGGGAGGAAACACUAAGGCAGUUGCAUCCUACCACAAAAGUGAGGUACAGACCAACGAGGAGAGUCGGUGGUUGACUGUGUGUACGUGUGUAUGGGUGUCUGACUGUGAGUACAAUCCAUGCCAAGUUCUCUCUCAGCUUGGAGGCUGCUGGUUCAAGGCACAGCCCUUUCUGCACAGCUGGUGGCCACUGUAUGAACAGGAAAGGGAGCAGAAUUGUGGCGUCCAAGCUUGAGCAGGCUGCUUUGCUCCCAGUACGGCUCCCGGUCUGAGGCGAGCGCAGCAGACCUUGUCUUAGGAGGUGUUGAGCAUCGCUGAACCCCUGGGGCAACAGAGGUGGCUUAAUUCCUCCUGGCUCCUAAGAAAGGAUUUACACUAGAUGACUAGCCUCUUGUUUGGGACCGAACAGGAGGAUGGAUUUGCACGGGGUACCUUCUGCCACAUCAGGAGUGCAGCUGAUGUGUUAAAUAAACAGGAAAACUGUGGAGGAGACACCUCCUGGCUGGGCAGCCCUGGCAUCGCCCCCCCCUUGCACCAUGAGAGCGGUGCGAGCAGCUCGUCUGGGGCCUUAGGACCCCGAGCUGAGAAUCGAGACCUGAAGUACAGCCAGGCUUGGAAGUACUGAGCUGAGAGGAGCUGUUCUUUAAUUAGCAGCUGCACCUGCUUUUAAUUCAACGAACUUUUAGCCAAACGUGGUUUUCCAAGUUUUACAGGCUGAGCGCUCAUUCAGAGGCAGAUCUGAAUUCAGUCUGUAAUGGUUUUGGUGCUUUUGUUUCUUGGGCAAAAGAGUAACUGUGUUACUGCUUUGGGCUGUUUUAAAUAGCUUUUUUUUUUUUUUUUUUUUUUUUUUUAUCUGAUUUGAAUGUAGAAGAGGAGAAACGGAGCGUUCUCUUCCUGUCUCUUAAUCCUUGCAUGAAUUGUGACGUGUUCCAGAUCUCUGUGCUGCCUGGAAUGAGUGCCUGAGGAGUUUUGGGCAUGGUGAUUUGGAAUGGGAAGGUGCCUGUGGUGUGCUGGCAAGGAAGGUCUGUUGCCUUUAGGUCUGAGAAAGAAGACAAGUCUAGCAGGAAUAUCCUCUAGUCCUUCUUUUCUUUAGGACUACUUUACUACCACAAAUUCUCUGAUUUAUUUUUUUUUUUCCUUUUGCUCUUCUCAGAUUCCUCGCUUUUAUUUUCAACUCACGUAUCUUAAUGUUCUCUAAUGCAUUACUGCCAAACAUUCAUUCGUGCUUAUUUCUUCUCGUCCGUUCUCCCUUUCUUCCUGAUUCUGCACCUUUAGUCCUGCACUAGCACUUCGAGAAAAUCAGGUCCAAUGAAAUGCAUCCAAAAUGACAAAACUGCAGUUUUGACAGCGAUCCCUGAAACAGCCCAACGAGGCUUCCUGCUCACUGGCAAGGAUGCCUGCGUUUGGGGGCAAGAAGUUAAAGGCACUAGGGAAUGGGGCAGGAGGUUUUCUUGAAAGGUUCUUGAAUUAAUUGCCCGGUCUAGCGCCUUUCCUUCUGCACAUGCUUGAAAUGCUGCUUGUCAUGUCCUCUGUCGGUACCUCCACACGAUGCUCACUGUGCUCUGUGACGGUGGCUGCUUGCUGGGUCAGCAGCUCGGGGAGAGCUUGUACUUCUGGAGGCUCGGAGGGUUGGGUGAGGGAGGUUCGUAUGCCAGAGGUGGGACCUGAGCUGGCUUUUUACAGAUCCCUUUGCCCUGCAUGCCCCGCCUGCUCCCCAGGAGGACAGGCUGGGGGCUGGUGGGACUGUGGUGGAAGGACUGGGAGAGGAAUCCUGGCCUCCUGAGGCACGAAGUCACGGCCAGCCCUGAGAUGGGUGGCAUGGUGUAGCACUGGUACUCGAUGAGAGCUCUUCCAGAGCAGCUCCCUGCCUUCUCUGGAAGAGUAGUGGUACUUCUGUUUUUGUAGCCUUCCACCGAGAAGGACUCGAGCACUGUCAUCUUCACUCUGUGGUGGCACGAACACAAAAGCAGGUGAGGCACGAAAGGAAACUUUGGGCAGAAGCACUGUGGUGACCCUGAGCAUGUCUGGUGCCAGUUCCAGGCGGGCAGGAGGGGAGGCAACGCCGUGCAAUCCUUCCCGUGCCAUUUGUGCAGUGUCUGACCACGUCCUCGGGCUCUGCAGAGAGCCAGGGCACGUCACAGACCCUCCCUGACUGGACUGGACCAGAGAAAAGGAGGUGGCCGUCCUACAAAACAGCCUUUUGAUUGUAGGGGCCGCUUCCUCCUGCUCCCUCUGCCUCCCCCUUACACGCCGUGUGACGCAGGGUUUCCCAGCACUGCUCACUGCCUGUGUGGUCUAUGCAUAUAUUAGCACAAACACUGUUAAAUGCCUUUUGUCGGGACGUGUCCUCCCCGUCGGUGUGUGUGUAUGCGUGUGCGCGCGUCAAUUUGGACUGCUUUUCUUGGAUCUGGAGUUCUAUUUUAUUGCAGUGAAGACACUUUGUUAUAUAAUGUUUAUAUAUUUUAAGAUUUGUGCCAAGAGAGGAUGUAUAUUUAAUAAAAAAUCUAAUUGACUUUGCA